CUUCUUAGAGGCAAUUGGAGCACAACACAUAUCAUUUCUGCAUACCUGGUGCAUAAUUGUCCAUUCUGAAGAGCGGACAUGUCUGAAGAGAACGCUCCGCCGUCUGUUGUGGUCGACGAAGCCGCUAAGAAAGACUCCGCAACGUCAUCAUCACCAGCGGCGCCGCCCUCGGCAGAACACGAGCGCAGCGCACCGACUGGCCGGCCACUAAACCAUCACUCAACCGCACCUGCGACCUCCUCGCCAUUGGCCUCUCCACCGCAGUCUCCGCCCGUCUCGCCGCCUGCUGAGAGUGACACCCGCCACGCAUCGGACUAUUACUCCAGCCGAGGGACCCACGACAAGCUUGGCAAUCCAUUGCCAGAAAAGCGAAGGCAAGCCGCAAUGUCCUCACGAUCUAGAAUGUCACUGCCUGGGGAUCUUGGAGCGAAGGACCCGCGACGACCCAAGUCGCCGGCUCCGAAUACUCUACCUGGAGAUCUGGGGCCGAAUGAUCCGCGACGAGCCAGUAGUCGGCCAACGAGUCCUGGUGGCAGCCCUACACCUUCGGCAGCCUCAAGCCAUGCCCGACAUGCGAGUGAUGAUGUGGCCACUCGACUAGAGGAAGAUCCUCCGGAGCUCGCCCAUCGCCAGGAUACAGACUCGGACGCCGAUGCAGACAACGACAAUGACACUGAUGGUGAUGACAGUAAACGUGGUAGGGCCAUGAAACGUCCUGUCCCGGGCAGGACUACUUCUGGAAAAGCAAUCAACGUUCGUGAUGAUAGUUCCGAUUCCGAUCGUGAGCAGAAUAACGAUGCCUCUACUUCUUCUAAGCCGGAUCCUACCAAAGGACAGAGUAAACUGUCAUUUGCGAAAGACAAGAAGAAAACACGGUUGACCAGCACCAGCCCGCAUGGAAAGAGGCGUGUGCAUCCUUCGACGGCGUUUGAUGCUGCACCAAGUGGCGCUAGUACACCAUUGCAUUCGGACGAUGAAUCUGCUUCAGAGCUACUGGCUGCGCAAAAGCUGAGCCUUUCUGUGAGUCAAGUUCACAGCACGCCAUCCGCCCAUCGUGCUAUUCGACAGAUCUUGCGAGGUGACUUUGAACAUUUCCAGCGAGAAGCUGAAGAUGGACGGAAGCGCCAGCGGAUGUACUUGGUCGCAACAGAUAUCUCGCCCGAGGCCGAAUAUGCACUGGAAUGGACUAUUGGCACAGUUCUCCGAGAUGGCGACACGCUUUUUGCAGUUUAUGCGGCAGACGAGGAUACUGUGGGAGACGAUGGAGGUGUUCAAUUGGGCCACGGAGCUGACAGCGUUCGUGACACUGCAUCCAUAUUGAAGACUAUGCCUACCACUGUACAGCCGCAUACCAGCACUCUCGGACCCUCACCGCUCAGCAGAUCUAGUCUCGGCGGCGACGCCCGUUCUAGGAGUCGAGGUGUCUACAACAAUGCUGAUGCAGAGCGACGAAAGGCUGUGGAAACCAUCACCGAGCGGUGCGUCAGGCUUCUCCGCAAGACACGACUUCAAGUCCGCGUCGUGGUCGAAGUCUUCCACUGCAAAUCUCCGCGACAUAUGGUCACCGAAGUGAUCGACUUUCUUUCGCCAACUUUGGUCAUCAUCGGUUCUCGAGGACAGAGUGCCGUCAAAGGUGUCUUGCUUGGAUCAUUUUCGAAUUACCUGGUCACAAAAUCAAGUGUGCCGGUCAUGGUUGCGAGGAAGAAACUGCGGAAGCACAGUAAGACUGCUGCGAAGAGACAUAAAGAUGGCUUGGACAUUGCGUAUCAGAAUACUGGAAGAGGAGGCAGGUUCAGUAAUGUCAUUCAGGUUGCUAAGGGCAAAGGUCUGAGGGUUGAGAGUUGGGAUAAGGUCGGCAUUGAUUAAGAGGACUGACAUGAAGAUCAAAGCGAAUUCAAGGCAGGCAUUUUUCAAUCCAACGAUCAAGGUUCUUUGCAGGCUAUGCGCCGAAGCACAGAAGGACGGCACGUGACACCGAACUAGCGUCGCCCUUCCAGUGCUGCAUAAAAUCUCGGUCGUGCCCCAA